AUGCAGCUCCUCCGAGUGGCGUGGGCACUGACCGGAGCGGCGAUCUGCUGCUUCCUCCUCCUCUUCCUCCACUCCCGCCUGCUCAAAGAAGGCCAGCUGGCAGCCGGGACAUGUGAGAUUGUGACGCUGGACAGGGACAGCAGCCAACCACGGCGGACCAUCGCCAGGCAGACGGCCCGCUGCGCCUGUAAGAAGGGCCAGAUCGCUGGAACUACAAGAGCCCGGCCCGCCUGUGUGGACGCUGGCAUUGUUCGGAAAAAGCAGUGGUGUGAGAUGGUGCCAUGUUUGGAGGACGAAGGCUGUGACCUGUUAGUCAAUAAAUCCGGCUGGACUUGUACACAGCCCGGAGGCCGAGUCAAAACCACCACGGUGGUUCAGGAGCAUCCGCACCAGCAGGUUCAGAGACGGCUUUACCCACGAGCCAUCAGGCUACUGAACCGCUGA